AGGUCGCAUUCCUUUCUAGUGUAAAAAGAAGGAAAAAACACACUUUGGUUGCUGUACUCGUUAUAUCGAUCAUCACCAUCAUGUCAGCGCCGUACGAGGAGAAGAAUUUUGCGCCGUUGAAGGGGCUGCACCUCCGCGUUACGGGCGGCGGGCGUCUGACGGAGCGCAUCAAGGUGCUGGACCACUACUGCUUCCCCAUCAAGUAUCAGGAGUCCUACUACAGCAAUUACGUCCGCUCCUGUCUCCAUCCUUUUAACCAGGUGGCCUUCUUCCACGACCUCCUUGUCGGGUCGAUUACGUGCCGGCUGGAGAAGGCAGAGGAGGAGGGAGCACUGAACCUGUACAUCAUGACGAUUGGCGUCCUGGAGCCCUACCGCAACAUGCAGAUCGGCGCGCGCCUGCUGCAGGCGGUGCUGACUGCGGUGUACCACGACGCGAAGGUCCGCAUCGCGGCGGUGACGCUGCACGUGCAGGUCGGCUCCCCGGCGCUGGCGUUUUAUCGCCGUUUCAACUUUGAGGAGGUGCGCGUGGUGGAGAAGUACUACUCGGACUUGGAAGAGUGCAACGCUAUUCUGCUGCGCCGCGUCGUGCCGCAGCCCUUCUUGGAGAGCCACAAGAAGUCAAGGUGA